AGUCUGGACUCACUUAGGUUCUUCUCUUUACAGGAAUUUAAUCCUACACCUCCCAAGAACAUAGCUUGGUUGGACAUUGUUUAAGGGAUGUUCUCAAUUUCUUGUGCUGGUAACAUAGAAGAGCCACUGAAGUGGCAAGUGAAAAAGGAGUUAUCUUUUUUAAUAUUUCAUUUAGAUACUUAUUUUUUCAGAGAAUAUUGCUAGAGAAAAUUUAUCAGACAAUGCUUCAUGCCUUGCAUUAAGGAAAAGUUAUUGCAGAGCUUAUUGUUUGAGGUAGAAAACAGAUUUUCUUACUAAGAUGCAGGUGAAAAAAGGGAUUUAGAUCUGGAGUAGCUCCAGGAGAACAUCUUGUCUCAGAGACAGGUGUGACUUGCGUCUCUCACGCUAAGUGAGGCUGAAGCAGGUCAGAUGUCUGACACGUGGCUUCGCUCACACAACCAAGCGCAGGACUAUGUUGCAACAGAAGCAGCUGGAUACCUCAAAUCCCAUCCCUGACCAGCCGAGUGAAUCAGCAGGGGUUAUGAUACUGACAUUUCAGCUCCCUCAGAUGCUGCUGAGUGUCCAGCUUCAUUCCACAAUGAAGCAGAGAUAUUCCAAGAAAUGACUGCCAGUUUGAAAUUGUUCUCCUGGUCAAGUUAACUGAGCUUUCUGACAGAGAGUACUGUUCCUGAAAACAAAAGGAAACAUGGUUUAUACAACAAAUGAAGCUUAAAUUUCUGGACCAAAAACUGAGGGCUUUUUUUUCAUGAAGGAUGGCAACACCAUAUGUUCCUGUUCCUAUUCCUAUUGGAAGUUCAUCAUCCAGCUUUAUAAACAGAAACCAAAGAAGUUCUUCCUUUGGGAGCAUCUCAACGAGUUCAAGCUCCUCAAAAGGACAGCUGGAGGACUCUACAGUUGAUAGUUUUAAAAAGAUGAGUGUGCCUGACCAGACUGGUUCCACAUCAUCUGCAUGUAGCAGUCCACUUGUUAGGACUAAAUUUACAGGUCUGGAUACGUCCAUAGAAUACUGUACUCAGCCUGUAGAAGAAAUAGAGCAGAAUGAAGAUUCCAGGAGCUGGGAAGAUCGACCAUCCACGCCUACUAUUCUGGGCUAUGAGGUGAUGGAGGAAAGGGCAAAAUUCACUGUAUACAAAAUACUGGUGAAAAGAAGUCCAGAGGAAAGUUGGGUGGUUUUCAGACGGUACACAGAUUUCUCCAGGCUUAAUGACAAGCUAAAAGACAUGUUUCCGGGCUUUCGGUUGGCCCUUCCGCCAAAGCGCUGGUUCAAGGAUAAUUACAAUCCUGACUUCUUGGAAGAUCGACAGUUGGGGCUGCAGGCAUUCCUCCAGAACCUAGUAGCUCACAAAGACAUUGCUAACUGCCUUGCAGUGAGAGAAUUCCUUUGUCUGGAUGAUCCCCCGGGUCCUUUUGACAGUCUAGAAGAGAGCAGGGCUUUCUGUGAAACUCUGGAGGAAACAAAUUAUCGCCUACAAAAAGAAUUGCUUGAAAAACAAAGGGAGGUUGAAUCACUGAAGAAAUUAUUAACUGAAAAGCAACUUCAUAUCGAUGCUGUUGAAAGAAGAAUUAGGGAUUUAUCUUUAGGAAAAGUGAAUCGUCAGAUAUCAGGAGAAGAAAGUGAGUGCAGUGGUGAGGUGGAGUCUUCUGCAGUAGAAGCAGACCAGGGUACCCUGUGUGAGGACAGCUGCUCAGACAAAGAGAACCAUGAGCCAUGCUGGAGUGGCUCUUUGGCUGGAAAUUCUGUUCCAGAAAUUGAAGUUGCUGAAGUAGCCUAUACCGUGGAUGAAGAAUAGCUGACCAGCAGCAGCUGUUACUUGGGACAGGUUCGUGUUAAGGGUGUAUCUGUGGGUAGGAUCUUAGAGUAGCUGUGAAGAAGUUACAGCAAAGAGCAAGAAUGCACAUACUGAAUGUUUACAUAAAUCCUUACAAAUUUUUAAUGUAAGAAAUAUACCCAGUGCUGCUUUGAUUUCAGUUUUUAUCUAGCCCUUACAUAUUUAAUAUACUGAAGUCUAAUAAGGGCUAAGAUCAGCUAAAGUUUAGAUAGCAUACAUACACAAUUUGGCUGACUUUCUUAGUAGAAUGACAAAAGUUUCACAUUAAAUCAUGGUACACAUCUAACUCAUAUGUCAUAUAUUGCCACUGUUGUGACACAUUUGAUGUGUUCAUCUGUUUGGUAUUUAUAUUUUCUUAUAGCCAUAAAAUAACGCUUGCUGAAGUAAAAAUGGACUCGUUUGUGUUUAGGAAUGGAGAAUGCGUUGGUUUUAAAUUCUAAAGUUGAAGAAAGUUCCUCUGGAAAUUUUAUGCAAUGCAAUAGGAAAACUUCCAGUACCAAGAGAAAAGUAGUUACAAAAUGGGAUCAUAGUUGGAUAUUGUAAAGUGGUCAUUUUUGCUGAAAGAACUGAUCUGAGACCCCCAAAACACUGUGUAUUUUCAUCCCAAGAUAGCAAAUAGUUUUUGUUCAGUAAUGCUGCUUUGAAAAUCUGGGAUACCUUUGUUAUAUACCCAUAUAACAAAAAGAUCUGUAAGUUUGCCUUUUACUCAGAACACUACCUCUUACCACCUUGCUAAUGCAUUCAUGUUUGUUUAAAAAUGCUCCACAUUAUAUGGAGGUUAUUGAAAGACUUGUAAAGAAGCCAUAUUUUUUCCUGCACAGUUCAUAACUAGAUUGAAUCUAGUUGCAGUGUAUUUUUGUUUCAAUAUAUUGUACACAUGGGGAUGUUGGUACCUAUGUUGUAUAGCCUAUUUUUCAAAAUGUAUUAAAACAGGAGAUGCACUUUAUAAUUAAGACUCCAUUGUGCCAAGUUCAGUUGGCUAAUUGGUUGAGAAAUGGGAGUUGCAGGGAGAGGAUUAUGUAGUGCCUUUUUGUAUUUUACUUGUUCAUUACUGCAGAAUUUUGUUACAGUGCUCUGGAUCAGUUCUGUGGAAUCUUUGAUACAGCAUUUUUCUGUUCUUCACUUAUUUACUGAAAGUGCCUUGUUUUAUUAUGCUUUUCCAAUAAGAAGAAUGCUGUUUUGUUUUAAUUUUUUUUGCCCUAUUCCACCCACAUCAUUGUUUAAUGUUGUCAAUAUGCAGUGUCUUUGUGCUGGAGUUUUCAAAGGGAGCUUUGUACUUCAGGCUAUGCAUACAAUGACCUUGAUGCAGAACUGUAUAAACCUUCCUAGUGAAAUAAAACUAUGGACAAAA